AUGAUUCAACAUGUGGUACAUAAUUUAACAUUAGAACAAAUAAAAUUUCUUAAUCGUGGACCAACUUAUGUACCACCAUGUCAACUACAUAUUUUAUCAAAAUCUUCUGUUACAUUAGCAGAACUUGUCACGAAAGAAAUGGUACCCCUCCGACGACAUCUCAAUAAACUAUUUGCAAAAUAUCUUGUAGAUUUAUCGAGAAAAAUGAAUUUUGAAGAAGAAAUACAGGUUGCUUUUAAUGAAUCUUUUCUUGGACCGCUGCCUACAAUGCUGGAACAUCGUGCAUUAUAUGAAAAACAAAUUAUUCAAUCGAUUCGAUAUCAUUUAAAUAAAGAUCGUCUGAUACUUAGACGAACAGCCGAUGAUAAGAAUACAUAUUAUCUUGGCCGUUUGGAUGAAUUACAACAAAAAUCAAAUGAAUAUAUUGAAAAUUCAAA